CAUAACAUCGACCAAUCAGCGCACGAAAUAGGUUUAAUCCAACGAUUUCUGGCUAAUCAGCACACGAUCUAAUUUUCGACGAAGACAUCAGCAGUCAUCGACAACUGUCUGUCAAGGUUUAAUCAGAGGGAGCACUCAGGAGCUGAUGUCCUUAGACAAGGCCUUACUGGAGCUGGAUGAGGCUUCCUCCACAUCAGGGUCCAAGCAUGCAUUUUAGAAGAUCGAGAGCCUUGCGUGGAAAUAAGUGAAAAGUCAAGUGCACGGGUGCAUGCCUCGUUGGUCCAAUAACGUCGCUGUUGGAUAUGAAGAUGCCAUAUUCUGUUGAAUCCCUCACAGCUGAAAGUCUGACCUCCAAAACCUUCACCCUGGGUGUCUUCAACAUAAGUGUCCAGCCCACAGAUCAAAAGACAGCUGUCGCCCUGCUGGCCGUCAUCGCUAAUGUCAGCCGACAAGAAGUCCCACAUUGCACUUACAAGGAGGACUUCAAACGUAUCCUCCUUCCGGCCGUGUACACAUUUGUCUUCCUGCUGGGCCUCCCGCUGAACUUUUUCGUCAUACUAAAGAUAUGGAGGAGGCGGCCCGGUCUGUCCCGCAACAACAUCUUCAUGCUCAACUUGGCCAUCGCCGACUUCCUGUACGUGACAUCACUUCCCCUGCUCAUCUAUAACUAUGGGAGUCAUGAUUACUGGCCCUUUGGCGAGUUUGCCUGCAAACUAGUCCGGUUUCAGUUCUACAGUAACCUUCACGGCAGCAUCUUCUUCCUCACCUGCAUCAGUGUGCACCGCUAUAUCGGCAUCUGUCAUCCACUGGCCGUGUGGCACAAGGAAGGCGGCCGGAGGCUGGCGUGGCUCAUUUGCGGAGCGGUGUGGCUGGUUGUGGCCGUCCUCUGCGCACCCACAUUUCAUUUUGCCUCAACGGGGAUCCAACGCAACCGCACCGUCUGUUACGAUUUAAGCACGCCAAAGCAAUCCGUGCACUACUAUCCAUACGGUAUGUCCCUCACCUGCAUCGGCUUCCUCUUGCCUUUUAUGGCCGUGAUGAUGUGCUACUGUAGAAUGGCCCACGUCUUGUGCCUCCCCGUUUCGUACCGAUGCGUCAAUGUACAGACAAGGGACAAACGCGACAGGGCGGUGAAAAUGAUCAUUGUGGUGGCGGCUGCUUUCUGCAUCAGCUUCCUGCCCUUUCACCUCACCAAGACUUCGUACCUGGUUAUGCGCACGCUGCCCAGUGUGUCCUGCGAGAUCAGAAACCUCUUUUCCAUCAUCUAUAAGAGCACCAGACCGUUUGCCAGUAUGAAUAGUGUUCUGGACCCCAUUCUUUUCUACUUCACUCAGCCACGGUACAGACAGAGCACCAAAAGAUUUGUUCUCAGAGUCACCACCCUCAGGCAUAAUGAUAGAACUGCAUGAGUCAACAUUUUUUCCAUAUCUUGUGUCUUACAUGUGUAAAUUAGUGCAACUCGCUUUAGCGAUAGAAUUUUAUUUUUACAAGUCAAAUCACUGUAAAUGCCAUAUGGUCAGUUGAAAUGAAAUAAUGCACUAGGCUGAAGCCUGUUUUUGUAUUGAAUAUCUUUUUUAUAAGUAUGGAUAUUAUAUGUAUGUAUAUUUCCUUGUUAAUGAGCGCUGUGAAUUUCAUAAUGUAAAAUUUCACGGCCCUCUCAAGCUAAUCUGUUGGAUGAAGUGGUUCGAAUAGAACAUGUCAAUUGCAUUUUUGGAAGAUUGUAAAUUCCAGCAACAUGUUGGUGGAUAUUGUGGAGCCUAGACUAUAUUGUUCAGUAUUAUGUUAUCUUUAGCAAUAUUGGUUGGAUGGUUUUGAGGUUCUGCCUGUUUUGAUGUUGCCUUUGCGCCACUAGGUAACAUUAGUGUCCUUUCAUUUUGACGUGUAAGAACCAUACCAGUGUACUGUAUUUGUUGUACGAUGCUGUGACAUUGCACAAGAAUAAGUUGUGUUGA